AUGCAACAUCCAGAUCCAGAUCCACACCAGGAUCUCGAUGAUCCCGCAUCCUCGACAACUCCUCCCAAUAGUCUAUACUCACAUGAACGAGGAAGUGCCUAUUCGUCUCGUACUAGGAGCAGGCGAUACGAAGGCAUGAUGCCUCAUCAAGACACGAUGGAUCAAGUCUUGGACACUCAUUCGCCUUCCAUGCGACAAAUUGCCCGUGAAUUGCUCGUGGGAACCUCCAUGCGCUCUCGCAAAUCCUUUGUGGGAGAUUUUCGACGUUCCUCCCAAGCUACGGCCCGGGAUUCUUCUCUUGUAUCUGAUGCUGAAGAUUCCCAUUUGAUUUCAAUGGAUCAAGAAAUAUGCCAUCUGUCGUAUGGCGCCACGAUGCUCGACAAUGGCUCGCUCAAUGACGAUAAAACACUACCACCAACACCAUACUCGAAUGGUUCUUCGGCUCAUCAUCACUCCUCACAAAUCUCGCAAUUCGAACAAAUCCUGAACCAAACGACUGCUGUCGCCGUCGUUUGUAUAUUGAAUAUGAUGAUUUCCAUUCCCUUUGGAUCUUCGUACUUUCCAGUGGGUUGGAAACCGGAUGGCGAUUUGUCUACCGAAGAUGCAGGCACGGAUGAUGAAGUCCACGGCAACUUUCCCAUUGUAGCCAAACAAGCUCUGGGCAUUCGCAUGUUUCUGUUUGCCACCUUUAUUGGACAGUUUGCUUUCACGUUCAGCAGUAAAUUUACCAAUCCGGUUGGAUUACAAAUGGUAGAAAAUGUUCCCUUUUUGCACAGCAUUUGCAAUACUGUCAUUCAACAACAAGGGUAUGGCAAAGAAGCACUAUCGACAGUAUUUUUUCUGUUUGGCUUGUCAAGUGUGGUCGUUGGACUGACAUUUUACCUACUGGGCAAGUGGCAACUCGGCAGAAUUGUCUACUUCUUUCCAAACCAUGUUUUGGUAGGUUGUAUUGGGGGCAUAGGUGUUUUCAUUGUGGUUACUGCCAUUGAAGUGACCAACAACACGCCUUUUACCUUCGAUUGGGAUGGUCUCGUGGGGUUUGCGGAUCACUUUCAUUUGUUUGCAGUUGCCUUAUUCUUCGAACUCUUGCUUCGAUUUCUCAUGUACAAGACGGAAGAUGCGGAUGGAGUAGCAAAGUAUCCCUAUCUAUCGCCAGUAUACUUCUGUCUGAUAACUCCGGCUUUCUAUUUGGGACUGCAUCUCUUUGGCAUUUCCAUGGACCAAGCUACCGAAAUCGGAUACUUUUUCCCAGCUACAGUGGACACUGGAGUUGCCGAAGCGGCAAACACCAGCUGGUGGUACGACGAUUCUUUAUGGGAUAUCUUUCAAGUGAUUGAUUUGUCGACCGUUUCUUGGGUGGCUGUCUUUCGGUCGACUGGUACCAUGGUGGCAUUGGCUGCCUUUUCCUUGAUUCACGUUCCUAUUAACAUUCCUGCCUUUGCCAUUUCCACUGAUGUUGAAGUUGACAUGAAUGCCGAACUCAUGGCCCAUGGGUAUGCCAACUUUGCCUCUGGCAUAUUUGGCGGACUGCAAAACUAUGUGACAUAUUCCAACUCUGUUCUUUAUGCCAAGUCAGGAGGCGAUGGAAAGAGUAGUUCUAUGGCCAUUGUAGGAUUGACCAUGAUCCUCUUUGUAAUUGGUCCGCAAAUUGCCUCUUUUUUGCCGAGAUGUAUGGCAGGAACUUUGCUAUUUCACAUUGGCAUUGAUUUGAUUCUUGAGGGAGUCUACGAUUCAUUUGGAAACUAUGAUAUUCUCGAGUAUACAGGAAUUUGGGUGAUUACUCUCGUCAUGACGAUCUGGGGCAUGUCGGCAGCCUUAAUUGCCGGCGUCAUUGCCGCACUUUCAACAUAUGCUGUCCAGUCCAUCCACCACCACCACCCGAUUCGACAAAUUCUUUCGGCAACCACCCUUCGAAGUAGUGAUUGGAAUCGGUGUGCCACUGCAAGGGGUAUCCUGGAGGACGAUGUGACUGGGCGGUCGAGAAUCUUAGUCUUUCAAUUGCAAGGUCACAUCUUCUUUGGAAACAUUGCCCAACUCACAGAUACCAUCAAGGAUAUUCUAAAGGAAAAGGAGUCGUCGGGUGAAAUUCCCAUCGUUGUCAUUGUUGACUUUACGUUGGUGGUGGGUAUGGACAGUUCUGCUGCUCAUGCCGUGGCUAAGCUGAAGAAGAUUGUACACAGACUCUUUGGUGUCGAAGUCUCAAUAUUUGUCACUGGGUCUGGUCGAGGUGGUUUCCCUUGUGAAUAUGCUUUGACGGAAGCCCUGUGUCCGGAAGCGGCAGAGCAGAUUCAGGACGCUGGAAUUGAUUGGAACGAUGUUUCAACAGAACAUGCAUCCGAACCUUCGAAAUCCAGAAGGAACGAAUCUCCCAAGAGUGCAGUAAAUCGUGGGUCUAUAUCCGUCUCUCCAGGAACAGCAUCUGUCGCUGCUUCUCAACUCUUGAGCAAGAGAACGGGUGGGCAAGUUUGCGAGUCGCUGGAUGAAGCGCUUCGUUUUGCUGAAGACAUUCUGAUUGCUCGGGAAAAGCCUUCCCUCGUGCAUUCUGAUAGCGUGGCCUCGUGCAUAGAUAUUUCGGACCUGGCUAAGAUUGAAAUGUCCUUGAAAGAGGAAGAAUAUCACGUGAAAAAGUACCUCAAGGAACUCUUCUCCUCUGCAGAUGAACUCAGUACGGAUGCGAUUGAAGCCAAUGCUGAGCUUCUACUGUCCUUCAUGGAGCGAAAGGAGUAUCUAAAGGAUCAAGCUCUAUGGGAACAAGGGGACGACAGUGAUUGUGCUCAACUUCUCGUUGUAGGGGAGCUUUUGUCGAUUAUUGAGGACACUGGUGCAUCCGAACAAGUCAAGUUUGGCAAUAUGGUCGGCGAGUUGGGAUUGGUACACGAUGCCAAGCGAUUGACUACUUUGAUAUGCUCAUCUAAUAAGGCAGUACUCUACUCACUCAGUCGACAGAACUGGCACAUAAUUUCAACCCAGUAUCCGCAAUUGGCCAGAAUGGUGGAUGCGAUUGUGAUACGCUAUUUGGCACACAGAGUGCAGCACGUCAACAAUCGAUAUUUUACGACAACUCUGCCAGUCUAA